AAAACGUAACCUUUAAAAUCGCCGCUUUAAAGGUUAAGAAGCGAAAGCAUUUAAGAAAAAUUAAUUCUUUUUUUAAUUUUUAAAACUCACACGAUGAAUUCUUUAGCGAGAAUUUCGCGUAGGAAAUUAUACAAGGAGUUGAUGAUACGGUUGCAAUCGACAACCGCAACGUCAUCCUCAUCUUCAGAAAUUCAUAUACCAAACAGGAUAGAACGUGGCCCAACAGAUAUCCUAAAAGCUCUUGAAAAAACAAUAUCCAGGGAUUAUACAGCACCACAUUACAAAUUUCACGAUGAUCCGUAUUUGACACCCUUGUCGAAAAUGCAUGAACGCAAUUAUGCAUUAGCAAAGGAAUCUGGAAAGAAAGCUGCGAUGUGGAUUCGCGAAGAACAUCGUGACUUGUUUGAUCAUAAAUUAGCGGAGCCUGAAAUACAGGCGUUUGUGCCACCUCCUAUUUACACAGAAGAGAGUAAAGUAACGGAAGAAACAUUAUUGUAUGAGAUAUCAAAUGCUAAUGUUGCCAAUUCUAUCACAAUAUACGAUUUGCUGAAAGGCGAGGUAACAGUAUCGACGAAACAGAUUCUCUUGGAAUUAUUGUGUUUUUAUAAUAAUAGCAAACCUACCAGCAUGGAAUUACUGGAAACUCGUUGGUAUCAAUUGAAUCAGAAACAUAAGAAAAACAUAUGGAUAAGCCGCCCACAGAUCGACGCCCUGUUUCAAUUUUUGAAGCAGCAAGAACCCUCAAUAGCAGGCGCUGCGUAUAGCGCGAUGAUAUGCGGUUUGGCUAAAUUUUUCAGUGUGGAGAAGGCUUGGCAAUUGUACACAGAAUGUCAGGAAAACAAAAUAGUGUUAUCCAUCGAUGCACACAACGCUGUGAUAUGGAUAGUGCCAUUAUUGAGGCAAGGAGAGGAAAAUUCGAACACAUUGCUAACAGAUGUAUACCAAACGAUAACUUCAAGUGGGAUCACUCCAAAUAUAGAUACGUUUAACGCUGUCCUUAAUUUAGCGGCUACUUUCCAAGCAUCGAACUUUGUCAAAGCAGCUAUGAUCUUGACGCGCAGCACGCUCGCCGAUAUCAACAAGUUCGAAUUAAAGCCGUCAUUAACUACAUAUUAUUAUUUGCUACGAAUUUUAAGGAAAUUCGGUGACACGUCGUACGGCAACUUUGUGAACAUCAUGACAUCGUUGAAGAACGAGACCCUCACCAUCCAAGAUGCAAAGGAUUUAGAUUUCUUCGGCUAUGCGAUGGAAAUAGCAUUGAGGCAGUUUUGCAAACGUGAAGCGGGCGAAAUGGUGAAUGAGUUGCUUCUUACCGGUGAAAAUUAUAAAUUCAUCGGUGACAACCUCAGAGAAAAUGUCUACUAUCGAUUUUAUCUGGAGCUGAUUCUGGCGACAGAAGAACUCGAAACGUUUUUCAAGGUCUACAACAAGCUCGUGCCGCACGUGACUAUACCGGAACCUCAUGUGAUAAACGCUAUAUUGGAAGCCCUUCAAUUACAUCCCGCGGAGACCGCCACGCAAUAUAUACCAAAACUCUGGUCGCACAUGGUCAUGUUCGGUCAUUUAAACGUGGAAGGCUUAUUAGAGAAUAUAUUACAGUUAAUAAGCGUACAUUGUAAACCUGCAUCCGAUUCUCCACUGAACGCGCAGUUCGCAGAGAUCGCAGUCACCAUUUGGAAUCAUGUACAAACUCAAAAUACUAAAAGAGUGCAGCACAUCAUAAUGACUCACACAUCGACGGGCAAUAUGAUAGUGUUGCUUUUACGCGGAAACAAUUUCGACAAGGCAAUGGAAGUUUUAUCGUUGUUAAUUAAUUCGCCGCACUUGAUAACCGGCACAAUUACGACGGAUUGUAUAGACGAGAUAUUCGAGAUCUGCUUAGCGCAAGCACACGUGCCGAUGAUUUUCACUCUCCUGGAGUACGUCACUUCUUGCAAUUUGAUAGGAGCUGAAGAAAUGGCUAAAAAAUUGUACAAAACUGUAUCUCUUACCUCCACUCAAAAGAAUAUAUUAAUCAGCUUAGUAGGCAACGUCCUCCAGUUCUCCGACGAGAAUUAGUCCUUCAGAUGAAAUAGGAACUGCGUAUUUAAUUCUUGACAAUUUUUUAUAGCGAUUGCAAUAAUAAAGUAGUAGAAAUGUGUACAGACACCAAGGAUUAUAAUACUAAUUUCUACAAAGAUUCUUCUGAAAUAUAAAAAUAUAUAUCAGUCAUUUUUUCUUCAUGUAAUUAAUACAUUAUUGCAGAAUGCGAACACGUGUAGAAGCUGUUAAAAGUAUUUAUAUAAGUAUUU